AUGAGCCUGAGCGAUUGCUGGGUUGAGGUUCGUACCUCCGGUGAAGGUCCAGAAGAGGACAAAGCCAACGGAUCAGUGGAGAAGAAGGACCGACCAGUUCGCUUUCGUCUGGAAGGCACACAUGGUGGUGCUUACAUUCAAGAUGUCACUUUUCACACAGCUCAACCUAGUGAAAAUGAACGCGAGCUGGCUGAAAGGCACAACAUACUGUUGCAACAAUUGUCCAAAGCACAUCGCAAAUGCCAUAUGUUAUACACUCGGUUUCAACGCUUAUCCACACAACAGAAUGUUCUCGAAAGUUUUGCGAACAGCUUGCUGACUCGACCGGAACCAAAGCCAGACUCGGACGCAUAUUACAUGAUGAGCCAAUCAUCAAGGCAGUCGAGAAAUCCUGGUAGAACAAAACGUCUCCCUUGGGUGGCACGGUCAUUGUCCAGGAGACGAAAAAUAGAGGAAAAGAAUCGUUGUGGGGAAAAUUCCAGUAACAUCCCUAAGCCAUACGGACUUCCUGUGACUGGUAAUGAGACCUUACAACUGGCCCAUAUAGAGGCAAUGCGCAACUUCUUCAGUCUGUACAACGCUCAGACACAGCAACUGGACGAAGACGCUGCAAAGGUGGGUGAGGAAUGGGAUCAGAGUCGAACGGAAGUAGAACUACUGGAAGAACAAUUACGUCAGUUGAAUCGAUGCCAAGACGAAUUUGUCUCCAAGGAAUUACAUGUACUCCUCGAGUCUCGAGGAGCCGAGACACCAGAAUUGGAACUUUCCUACUCCGUUGGUGACGUUUCAUGGACUCCCGCGUACGACAUACGGCUCUCUAGUGCGGCUGCCACACUUCAAGUAAGCAUCUUCACUUUCUGUGCUAUUGAAUUUUGA